UGUCGAUGCUAACCGCUCUUCUAGCGCUUAUUGUUUUGCUUGCUAAGGAUUGGAUGUGUCCUGGGCAUCUCCAAACAUUUCCUGAAACACAGCUGUCAAGUCUGCUCUGUCCCUAAGCUUAAUGGAAACACAGUUUUAACUGAGUUUGAAUGGGAAAUGGUCCGUGUGUUUGUGUUCUCUACGCGGCGAGGUGCACUGACCUCUGGUGACCUGUGCUGACCCUCACACCUGUCCGUCAAGAUCGUCAAAUCUGCUCUUAAAGUCAUGGACAACUCAAACGACUGCAAGAAGGCGGAGCCCAGAGUCAAUGAGAAGAAAUGCUCGUGGGCGUCAUACAUGACUAACUCCCCUACUGUCAUCGUAUUGAUCGGCCUUCCCGCCAGAGGAAAGACAUACAUAUCUAAGAAGCUGACGCGAUACCUCAACUGGAUUGGGGUUCCCACGAAAGUUUUUAAUCUGGGCGUUUAUAGACGUGAGGCGGUGCAGUCAUACAAGUCUUACGACUUCUUCCGUCACGACAAUAAAGAGGCCAUGAAAAUCAGGAAACAGUGUGCCAUCGUGGCUCUACAGGAUGUGAAAUCUUAUCUGAAUGAGGAGGGAGGGCAGAUCGCUGUUUUUGAUGCCACAAACACAACCAGAGAGAGAAGGAGCCUCAUCCUGAGUUUUGCGAAGGAAAAUGCAUACAAGGUGUUUUUUGUCGAAUCGUAUUGUGACGACCCAGAAGUCAUUGCUGCCAACAUACUGGAUGUGAAGGUUUCCAGCCCUGAUUAUCCUGAGAGAGACCGAGAGAGCGUGAUGGAGGACUUCCUGAAGAGGAUCGAGUGUUAUAAAGUCACAUAUCAGCCGUUAGACCCCGACGAUCAUGACAAGGACCUGUCCUUCAUCCAGGUGAUCAACGUGGGCCAGCGCUUCCUGGUGAACCGCGUUCAGGAUUACAUCCAGAGCAAGAUCGUCUACUACCUGAUGAAUAUUCAUGUUCAGAAGCACUCCAUCUAUGUGUGCCGCCACGGCGAGAGCCAGCACAACGUCCAGGGCUGCAUCGGAGGAGACUCGGAGCUGUCCAGCAGAGGAAAACAGUUUUCUAAAGCCCUGCGUGGGUUCCUGGAAAACCAGAAGAUCCCAGACCUGAAGGUGUGGAGCAGUCAGCUCAGACGCACCAUCCAGACGGCCGAGGAGCUGGGCGUCCCGUACGAGCAGUGGAAAAUCCUCAACGAGAUCGACGCCGGCAUCUGUGAGGAAAUGACAUAUGAAACGAUAAAAGAAAGAUAUCCAGAUGAAUAUUCUCUCAGAGACCAGGACAAAUACCACUACAGAUACCCAGGAGGAGAGUCCUAUCAGGAUCUGGUGCAGCGUCUAGAGCCAGUAAUCAUGGAGCUGGAGAGACAAGGCAACGUGCUGGUCAUCUGCCACCAGGCCGUCAUGCGCUGUCUCCUCGCCUACUUCCUGGACAAGAGCGCUGCUGAUUUGCCGUAUCUGAAGUGCCCCCUGCAUGCGGUGCUGAAACUAACCCCAGUGGCUUAUGGCUGUAAAGUCGACAUAUUUAACCUGAAAGUCGAAGCUGUGAACACACACCGGGACAGACCCCUCGGAAGCUCCAGACAGGAAGUGCCGCCCACUAUGCUGAGGAGGAACAGCUUUACGCCACUGUCUAGUCAGGAUCAAGUCAAGCGGCCCCGCCUCUUCAGUGUCGGUAACCCGCCCCGCUUGGCAAACGUUCCUGUCUUAUCAAACUCGCGAUUCCCAGAGGCGCAGGAGAACGAGGAGCUGAGGGAGAGCCCGGAAACACUGAACUGCUUAGCCCCUUCAGACUCGAAAGACACCAUCCAAGAGUGACGACACAAAAAAAGCUGUGUAACGCCCGUUUUCUCCAGACAUGAUUCAGCUGUUGACGCUGUUCACAUGUUCUGCCCAAAAUCAGCACAUGUGAACAGUGCUUUAUGUAACAUUAACAGCGCCGGCGACGCCUCUGUCCGCUCUUCUCAACCCUCAUCCGUCUACAAGCGCUUGGAAGUACGGUAAAAUCACAACACCCAACAAUUAAUGCAGGGAAGAUUCACUCGCACUGUUUGACUGCAGAUUGACAGCGCGUGGGACCAAUUAGAGCGCAGAUUGACUGAUGGAAGGGGCGUGGCUUUUGCUCAUUAAGCUGAUUAGAAUAUUUAAAGACACAGCACACUGAAUUUUGACUUGAGUUUUGAUUGUCGUAGCAUCUGUUUUGUGCUCUUUUCUUCAUACUGCCUCAGUACUGACUGAAUUUGAUUGGAUAUUGUGUAAAUAUUUGUAUAAAUAUGAUUUUAGAUGUUAAUUUUCUGUGAUGUUCUUGCUGUCGUUAUCUUCUCAAGUAUUUUACAUGUAUAACAUUCUGCCUUCUGGUUUUGAUGAUUGUGCAGAAUAUCAAAUUUUAUGAAUGUCUUGCGGUCGUAUGAUGUCAUAGGUAUGUUAUGCUGUUCGAGGAAACUCGUUUCAGUCUUUAACAAAUGUAUCCUUUCACUGUUUCCUUAAAAUACACACACAGAAUCAUUAAUUAUAGAGUUAUCUUUUCAGUGAUUUUGCAAUGGAUCUGCAAGAGCGUUUAAUGCUACUGAGAUUAUUGAAACUCAUACUGUUAUUAGUUAUCAUUAAUUAUAGAUUACCGAUUACUAUUAUAGAUUACUUUUUAAUGAUUCAGUGUUAUUAAGCAUGCUUUUAUCUGGCAUCAGAUCUGGAAGGAUGUUUUUAAAGGGUAUUUUUAAUUGUUUUGUAACUAUAAUUUGAGUAAAAGUUGUCAGAUUUGUACACGUCUGACUUUAAUACACACAUAGUAUGUUGAAUGUUAUGAAUAUGAUGGCUCAAUUGCUCUUGCUUCUUGCAUCUUGGUUAUUCCAUUUGAAUGCAAAGAUGAGUGUGAUUGCAUGAUCGGACAUGAUCAGGUCUGUAAGUGCCUUUUGUUUCGCAACCAAAGUAUAACCACAUCAAAGCUUAAAAAAUACAACCGAUCUCUGUGUGUGCAGGUA